AUGGCUAAGGUCCUCCGCGCCUACGAGGUGCUGUCGGAUGGCAAGAAGAAGGCGGCGUACGACGAAUCCGGCAUUAUCCCUGGCGAGGCCCCCAAUGUGGCAGAGAUGACGGCCAAGGACCUCUUUGAGUACUACCACCAGUCGUCGCCCAUCUUCUCCAAGUCGCCGACACUGACGAGCCUGGCACAGCUGCGCCGUCUGCAGGAGUUCCGAGGUGGUCGCGUCUUCUUGAUUGAGGUGUACGACGACGUGCAGUGCAGGAACUGCCGCCACUACAGCACCGCGUGGGAGACGAUGUAUCAGUCCAACUUGGUGGAGGCUGGCGUUCUGGAGAUGUAUCGCAUCGACGCCUUGAGUGAGAACGGCAAGCCACUGCUCGCCCACCUCGGCAUCCGCUACCGCAAGGAGCCAUAUGUGCUUGCCAUCGUGGACGGCGAGACCUGGACGCUGUAUAGCAUUACGGAGGUCAUGAAACAACGCCACCAUACCCGCAUCUUCCAGAACCUGCUCGAGUUUGUGAUGUCCUUCUUCUACGAUGUCUUUCAGCAGACGAGCUCACUGGAGGCGACGCAGCUGGAGGACCUCCUCACAUUCCUGCGCGCCCCACGGUCCACCAAGCAGCCGCUGCGUGUGCUGCUGCCCGCGAUCAACGCCGAGUCGAUCCCGGUGGCGCUGCAGAUGCGCUACAACCAAGUCGCAGUUCGAAGCGUACCGCGUGGCGUUUUGCUUGAGUUCGUGGAGGAGUACUGCGAGAUGGAGGUGGACGUGAAAGACCGCCUCGGCGAGAGCGUCCCAAUGCCGGAGUUCAUCGUUCUGUCGACGGAGGUGUUGCCGACACCGCCCACGGACGUGACAGAGACCAGCGAUGCAGCGACGGUGGAAGCGGCCGCCGCUGCGUCGACACCGCAGAAGAGCUGCCGCAUGGUGCACAUCGGUACUGCGGUGACACUGACGUACAACAAGGCCUCCAAGUUCAUUGAAAGCCACCUACCGGAGCGGCACAUAGGCAUGAAAGGCCUGCAUUACGCCGGCGCCACAGACUUCCUGCAGGUGUGCCGUGACAACUGCGUUGUGUGGAUGCGCGAAGACUGCGCGGAGAUGCCGAACGAGCAUGUGGCGGCCCUCAUGGCAAACGACUACCUCACCUUCAGGACUGGCUACUGGUGCAUGAAGGAGGAGAGUAGACUGGCCAAGGUGCUGAGCACGGCGGGUGUGUGGACGGCGACAUCCAAGGACCUGCCGGCCUCUUCGUCGGCCCUUGUCGCCUUCGUCGGCGGUAACGACAGCAUUGCCUAUCAGCUCGUGUCCCUGCAAGUCAAGGCGCCAGAGGAACUCACAGUACAGGACGUCUACGCUGCCCUGUCAAUGCUGGUGGGCAGCGUCGAAGAGGCCGACGGCGGCGGUGAAGCCGCCAGGGUCGCGGUGCCGAUCCAGUCGCACCUGCCGCAGCCUGUCUCCAGCCUCCUCGCCACGGAGGGCUUCCCAAUGUCCGGCAAGCAGCGUCUCUACAUACAGGUCAUGAGCAUCUACACCUUUGCAGCUCCACUGGUGUCCAACGUGUGGCCAUUCCUCAUGAUGUACCUCAUCCACCGCUUCAUCCGGAACCGCAACAAACCAGCGGAUGAAGAGGAGGAGCGCAGGAGAAGAGAGGAGGAGGGAAAGAAGCGCGAAGAGGCCUCCGCCACUGCCAACGGUGCUGCGAGUGCGAGCGGGGCAUCUGCAGCACCGGUACGUCGUCGCAUCCGCAAGCCGCAGCCCCGCGUCGGCCCGUACAACCCACGUGACAUGAAGUGGGCCAAGGAGGAGAAGGGCUUUCUGCUCUUACUCGUGGAGGAUGGCUCGGCCGCCGGGUCACUGCCGCUCCCGCGUCUCGCAUUGGAUGAGCCCUUCACUGUGCGCGUCCUCGGCACUGGACAUAGCAAAUGGCGGGAGUGGAUUCUCGAGCACAAGCCGGCCGCUCCUGAGGGCGCAGCGGAGGAGCUGCCGGAGGCGGAGCGCAGCAUUUCCCUCAUGGCCAUCCGCAAGACUCGCAUGAAGGCUGUUGUGAAGUCGGACACCCAGACGAUCGACUCCUUCCUCCGUGACCUCCUCGACGGCACGAAAAACCCGAGCGAUGAGCUGCCGCCGUGGGCGUACGACGAGGAGUAG